AUGCCGAUCCGAAGUUUCAUAUCCUCUUUGCGGUUUAAAUGGCGAAGAGGGUCAGUCUCUCGCGUGGAACAGGUCAUCGACCGCAGCGACAUUGACCCUGCCAAGCUGGCCCGUACUGUGAAAGCGAAAUUUCGACAAGGUGAAUAUACCGUCACUUUGAGACAAGGCCGGUACAUUCUCGUCAUCCCCAAACCAUUAUCGUCCAAGGAAAUCAAUGCCUGCCGCUAUAAAUGGGAAAUGAUCAUCGACGGCCGCGACAUUGACCCCGUGAAGCUGGCCAAUACUGUGAGAGAGAAAUUUGGAACAGGUCGAUUUAGCAUCACUUUGAGUCAAGAUACGUACAUUCUCAAAAUCCCGAAACUAUUAUCACUCGGGGAAAUCGAUGGCUGCCGCUUCACACGGGCUCAAAAUUAG